UGUAGUAGUUCCUUCGUACUGAAUCAGCUCGGACAGCCUGUGUGUGUUAGCGGUCCUCUUUCCUUGAUUUCUCUAGGUAGAAUAUUUAAAUCUUACUUUGACACAGAGAGGAGACCAUUCUUUUGCCGAUUUGGUCCUGAUCCAUCCCAGUUUUGACAAAGCUGAAAGAAUCCCCUUGGUACAAGACUCACUUGUCAUUGGAAGUUCUACCUUUACCCACUAGAGUGCUCUUUCAUCAUUCAGUAUAUCUCAGCUACUCCAACUGAAGAGACCAUUUCUUAUUUCCUGGAUAGAGUUUUGGUGCUGCGUUUUCUUUGACGCGGUGGAUGCCACGGCACAGAUAGACACACAGGAGAAUGUCGGUGAAUCUCAGUAAAAAUGGAGCAGCGCUCACGGCCGCGUAUAAAGAAGUGGUGGAUGUGAAGUCUGAUACCAACUGGGCUCUGUUCACCUAUGAGGGGAACACCAAUGACAUCCGCCUGGCAGAGAAGGGAGACGGCGGUCUGGAGGAGAUGGUGGAGGAGUUGAGCAGUGGGAAGGUGAUGUAUGCCUUCUGUCGUGUCAAGGACCCCAACUCUGGCCUGUGUAAAUAUGUCUUCAUCAACUGGACAGGUGAAGGGGUAAAGGACUCUCGGAAAGGACAGUGCGCCAACCAUGUCAUUUCCAUGGGUAACUUCCUACGGGGUGCCCAUGUGACCAUCAAUGCACGGGGAGAGGAUGACGUGGAGCCAGAGAGCAUCAUGGGUAAAGUGGCCAAGGCGUCGGGGGCCAACUUUAACUUUCGCAAAGAGACACAGAAAUACAGUGACGUACCCAGUGGACCUGUGGGGUCGAUGUACCAGAAGACUAAUGCUGUGGAUGAGAUUCUGCAAACCAAAGAGACACAGAAAUAUGACAUACCCAGAGGGCCUGUGGGGUCGGUGUACCAGAAGACUAACGCUGUGGAUGAGAUUCUGCAAACCAACAAGGACAACUUCUGGGCCCAAUCUCAGAGAGAUGAGGAGGUGCGUCAGAAGGAGGAGAGCAAGAGAGUGGAGGAGGAGAGGCAAAGGGUGAAAAGAGAGCGAAAAGAGAGGGAUGAAAAGGAGGCUGCAGAGAGAGAAAUGAGGGCAAAGGAGAGAACCUCUCAAAUCGACCAGGCAAAGACUUACCAGAAGCAGCAGGAGUCAGGGUAUAGAGACCAGGAACAACAUCAGCCGGAGCAGCAGGACAUUGAGCGUCAGAACUCUCAGAGGAUAAGACCUGCAUCUGUACAAAAUGCAAACGAGGCAGCACGUCUGAUCUCCCAGAGGUCCUUGAACCCCAGAGAGCUGUUUAAAAAGAGAGAGCAGAGUGCUUCACUGGACAGCACGCCCAGCUCCAGACCUGGGAAGCUGCAGAGCCACUUCCUGGCUCAGAAGUCCACUGAGCAAGAAACACCCAUCGAACCACGUUCCCCACAAUACCCUGCUUUUCUUCACCCAGAAGCCCCGGCUCCACUGCUCCCAAAAACACCUGCUCUGCUCUCAGUGCCCAAGGCACAGGCAGCCCCACUCUCACCUGUCCAACCCGCAGAGUCUUCCUUCACUGAAGAGGAGUACUGGUCAGAUGAUUUUGAUGAUGAUACACAGGACACAGCGCCAGAGGACGAGCCAACAGUUGCCGGCCUGGUUCAGGGUAGAGAGGGGCACAUUGGCCAGGAUGAGGUAUACGAGCUCCUGCCAUUGGCAGCAACAAAUGAGGAGGAUAACAUUUAUGAUGAUAUCUACCAGGACACACCCACAGUGCUGGAGCAGAGAAAGGAGGCCAGUGGACAGGAUGUGCAUGCCAGGGCUCUGUAUGACUACCAAGCCACUGACGACUCUGAGAUUACCUUUGAUCCUGAUGACAUCAUCACAGGGAUAGACAUGGUGGAUGAGGGUUGGUGGAGAGGCUACGGACCGGAUGGACACUACGGAAUGUUCCCGGCCAAUUACGUUGAGCUCCUGUAGUUCCAAAGCCCUCCCACAUGCCUGUACAACCAAUUAGAGCAUCAGUUAGAUCAUUCUACUGUAUUUUAAUGUACAACAGAGCAAUUCUAGUCUUUAUGAUUGUCUGGUUUUAGUCAGGUCUCAGACUAGUAGUCUUCCAUGGGAUUAUGGGGAUGUUUGGGGUUUUAUAUGUGUCUUGAAGUUGUCAGACUUUUGCUUUUGAUCCACUUUUCAAUAAAUAAAGAUGCAUGUCCAACUGUU